AUGAACUCUCUUUCCAAAACCCUGGCCAUCGCAGGCUUUGUAGCGACUGCCGUCGCCCUGCCAGCGUCAACAGCACCUGCAGCGGGCUCUAAGAACUGUGAGGAGCUCAUCUUCAAGGUAUCCGCCACCGCUCAAAACCGCGAGAUUCUCGUCCAGCCGGAUGUCAGCAACUUCAACAGCUUUGUUGAGUUCCUGACCCAGAACGUGUCAUACACACAGAUCAGCGGCAGCGAGAAGAUCGUCGCUCGCUACUGCCGUCCCACGAUCGUCAACAUCCAGGCGAGCCAGCAAUCCAAGACCCUGCAACUUCUUGUACAUGGAAACACGUACGACAAACACUACUGGAGCGGCCUUGGCUUCGAGGACUACAACUACGAGGCCUGCGCCAACUCUCUCGGCUAUCCAACCCUGGCCAUCGACCGCCCCGGCAACGGCCAGUCCACUCGCCCCAACGGCGCCACGCACGUCCAGGCCCCAUACCAAGUCGAGCUCAUCCACAAGCUCAUCCAGAGCCUGCGCGGCCCGGGCAUCGUCCUCCCCGGCGCCCCGCAGACCGCCGUCGCCCCCUUCGAGCGCGUCGUCUGGGUCGGCCACUCGUACGGCUCGAUCAUCGGCAACCAGCUCGCGGCCAAGUACCCGGCCGACGUCGACGCGUACGUGUUGAUGGGCAUCGCGAUCCCCAAGCCCACCGACUUUGCCCUCCCCGGUCAGUGGGAGAUGGGCUUCCAGCCCGCGUCCGAGUACGACCCGGUCCGCUUCCCCUAUACCGACAAGACGUACUUCGUGACGAGCAGCAAGGCGGGCCGCAUGGCGACCUUCUACAGCGACCCGGCCGCGCCGGACUUUGACGCGGCCGUCUACGACGCCGACUUCGCGACCAUGGGCACCAUCACGGCGGGAGAGGCGCUGACGCAGACCCUCGCCGUCGCGGACCGCUUCGCGGGCCCCGUGUUCGUGCUCACGGGCCAGGAGGACGCCACCUUCUGCGGCAACGGCAAGCGCGAGCCCGUGCUGCCGGACUGCCUGAGUGGCAGCGAGAGCAGGCUGGCCAAGGUGCACGACCUGUUUCCCCAGUCGAGCUUUUUCGACUUCUUCGCGCAGCCAGAUGCGGGACACUGCCAUGGCACGCACUAUACUGCCCAGCAAGGGUUCGAGGCUACCAGCGACUUCCUAGCGAGGGCUUUCUCUAGCGCUGUUAGUGCUUAAUAAGGGGGACGACUACAUGCUGGCAAAGAGAUAUCUCCGUGGUUUGUCCGCAGCCGGUUUUGCCUUUGUCGUGCUCCUAUCAUCUUGGUCAUCUUUGGUCAUCUUUGCGUCU